AGCUGGAAGGACACAUCUCCCAUCUGCAGACUUCAGGCAGAAGACUUUCCAGAAGACAACAAGGCCUCAGGAGCGACCUUCCUUUUUCAGCUCCUCUUCACUCCACUGCUGCAGAGAACAUGACCCUUCACAACCACUCGCUGGAUUUCUUGAAUGGCACGCCGUGGUUCGUCUUCGAGUGCACCCUCGACCUCGACGCGAACUACCGCCGCAUCUGCCUCUUCCUGAUGUACCUUUUUAUCUUCAUGGUGGGCCUGCUGGAGAACCUGCUGGUUGUCUGGGUCAACUGGCGCCGAAGGCAUUCAGCCAAUGGGGUCCUCUUCUGCAUCAUCAACGUGAGCCUGUCGGACCUGAUGGUGAUCGUGAUCCUUCCUUUCUUCAUGAUGGAAGUGACCAUGGACCAGGUUUGGCUGUGGGGUCGCUUCCUCUGCAAGGUCACCAACCUCAUCUACGUGGUCAACUUCUACAGCAGCUCCUUCUUCCUGGCCCUCAUGACCCUCGAGCGCUAUCUCUCCUUGUCAAGACCAUCAUCUUCAAGCUUCUUCCCUGUGGGAGGUAGGCAGCGCUGGCUGGUUUGUGGAGGCGUCUGGGCGCUCUCCUUGUUUCUGGCUCUGUUGGAGAACGUCCAUGUGGAUCUUCUGGAGUGGGAGGAGCCAGGUUGUUACAUGCUGCCUGAAUACAACUACACUGAAUGGUUUGUCUCUGUGACCUUCCUGUGCCUGAUCUUUCAGUUCCUGGGCCCAGCCGCUGUCAUCAUCACCUGCAACGUGUUGAUUGCUCGUGCAGCCCAAACUGCGCCGGAUGUGCGCAGCCGACGGGAUGUUUGGCUGGUGCACGUGUACUCCCUGGUGUUUGUCAUGUGCUGGCUGCCCUACCACUUGGUCAUAUUCUUCAUGAUUGUAGAUGACCUUGACCCCUACCUCUUCAGCUGCAACACGGUGGAAGGGCUCUACUUCUCUUUUAGUGUGGUGCAGAGCAUUUCACUUUUACACUGUGUUGCCAACCCUUUCCUUUACAACUUCCUAAGCAAGAGUUUUCGGAACAACCUGAUCAACACUGUGUUGAACUACAUCCCCAGAGAGGGGACUACGGACCAGGUGGGAGCUGAGGCGGGAGCCAGAGCCAGGGCCAAGGCCAACACUGCGAACAAUGGCGGGGGAGAUCCAGGGAAGCUAAGUAAUGCCAGCACCAGCCAAUCUGAUGUCGGAUCAUAAGAAGGAAGCUGAGCUAAGGAUGCAGUAAGCUUCACAGCGGGACAUUUUUUAAGUGAAUAUUUGAUAGAACUAAAUCCAGCCCUGCUGCUUUUAAGUACCACAGGCAUCAAAUUGGGUUCACACCUUCCUCUCAUAAUCCACUUCCUGUUUUGUUAAACAAGUUUCUGAUCACAGUUUUGCACACAGGAGAACAGGAAAUGUUUGAUGUCUUUCCGCAAAGCUGCUCAACUCCCACAGGAACUUGUGGCAUGGAGAAUGUGCCGGGAAUUUGUGUCAACAAAUGAGCUGCAGUGCCCCACAGGAGAAAUCCUCAUAUCCAUAUAAACAAAUGCAAAUGUGAAAAUGUAACUUUUAUUGCAUAGAAAUCAAAGCUUAAUGUUACUAAAAUGCCUAUUUAUCUGUUUAUCUGGAUGCUGAUGCAAUCAUAUUCUGUAUAAAUGCAAUAAAACUCCCUCAAACGCU